GCUAAGGCCUGACCUGGCAGACCUUGGGUCGCCGGUGCCCGCCGGGGCUUGUGGUUGAGGAGGCCCGGUAUCUGCCACUGGGCCCGGGAAGAUGGUGCUGGGUGGUUGCCCGGUGAGUUACUUACUUCUGUGCGGCCAGGCGGCUCUGCUGCUGGGGAAUCUGCUUCUGCUGCAUUGUGUCUCUCGGAGCCACUCGUACAACGCUACCGCGGAGCCCGAGCUCACAUCCGCCGGCGCCGCCCACCCGGAGGUCUCCGCCGGUGCUCGGAGCUGGGAAUAUGGCGACCCCAGCUCUCCAGUCAUCCUUUGCUCUUACCUACCUGACGAAUUCAUAGAAUGUGAAGACCCAGUGGAUCAUGUUGGAAAUGCAACCGCAUCCCAGGAACUUGGUUAUGGUUGUCUCAAGUUCGGUGGUCAAGCCUACAGUGAUGUGGAACACACUUCAGUCCAGUGCCAAGCCCUAGAAGAAAUUGAGUGUGCCGGUCCUAGGACCUUCCUACGAGAAAAUAAACCUUGUAUAAAGUAUACCGGACACUACUUCAUAACCACUUUACUCUAUUCUUUCUUCCUGGGAUGUUUUGGAGUGGAUCGUUUCUGUCUGGGACACACUGGCACAGCAGUAGGGAAGCUAUUGACGCUUGGAGGACUUGGGAUUUGGUGGUUUGUUGACCUUAUAUUACUUAUUACUGGAGGGCUGAUGCCAAGUGAUGGCAGCAAUUGGUGCACUGUUUACUAAAAAGAGCUGCUGUUAUGGUCCAGAGAGGCAAGUCUUCUGAAUUCAUCUCUACAAGCUCAAAACUCUUCCUUGCUAUUAGAUCUGACCAUUUCUUGCCCUCUUUGGAGGGAAUGGGUUUGGUUAGGAAGGUUUCUUUGGACUGUGGAUUUUCAGCCCAGAUUUUACCUUGCUGAUAAGAAAUGACAGUGUUGUGGGAACCAAGUUUAUACCUUUUCUCACGUACAAAAUAUAAAGGCCAGCAACUAACUUAUAAGCUGUGGAAGGGUUUCUAUACUCUUUAUUUCUGCACAUGGCUGUAUCUUCAGUCUUUUGGAGCAAGUGGACCCGACCGAAUGAGCAAAGUGAAUAUUUUUAGCCUUAUGCCUUUUGUGACCCUUAGUCUCAUGCACAGAACUGAAGCGAAACCAAUGAAAAUCUUCAGCAGAAGUAGAAAUGCUCAUGGAUUAUAAUACACACUGAAAUUCCAACUUUCUGAAUUUAAACUGCAAAAUAAAUUUUGUCAACCUGGAA